GUUGAUUGGAUUUGUCCCAACACCACUACAAGUACACCACCCACCAGCCUGGACCGGUACUACUACUACUAAACCACUCCAAAAGAGAGGAAACACCAGAUUGGAAGCGUAGGAAAGUGGAGCGCUAAAGAGAAUGAGCGUGGGUCGCAUCGGUCGCUACAGUAUAGUGUCGACGGAGGAGGAUGGUCUGCGCUUGACGACCAUGCAUGGUGGAGGGAUGAAUGGAUACGGCAAUGGAAAAAUCCACACCCGAAGGAAAUCCCGCAACCGCUUCGUCAAGAAGAAUGGACAAUGCAAUGUGCAGUUCACCAACAUGGACGAGAAGUCCCAGCGAUACAUGGCGGACAUAUUCACCACUUGCGUGGACAUCCGUUGGCGCUACAUGCUAAUCGUUUUCACGCUUGUUUUCGUGAUUUCCUGGUUAGCGUUUGGCUUGGCGUUUUGGGUUAUCGCGCUUCUUCACGGUGACCUGGACAACCCAGCAGGUGAUGACAACUUCACGCCAUGCGUGCUACAAGUCAACGGCUUCAUCGCAGCAUUCCUGUUCUCAAUCGAGACGCAGACAACCAUCGGCUACGGUUUCCGCUGUGUAACAGAAGAAUGUCCUCUCGCUGUGUUUCUCGUGGUCUUCCAGUCCAUCGUGGGCAGCAUCAUCGACUGCUUCAUGAUUGGAGCUAUCAUGGCCAAAAUGGCACGUCCCAAGAAGCGGGCACAAACUCUGCUGUUCUCGCAUAACGCCGUCAUUGCCAUGCGUGAUGGAAAACUGUGCUUGAUGUGGCGGGUCGGCAAUUUACGAAAGAGCCACAUUGUUGAGGCACACGUUCGGGCACAGCUCAUCAAACCGCGGGUAACGACUGAAGGGGAGUACAUCCCGCUCGACCAACUGGACAUAAACGUUGGUUUCGAUAAAGGACUUGACCGCAUCUUCCUCGUCUCGCCAAUCACCAUCCUGCAUCAAAUUGACCAGGAGAGUCCUCUGUUCGGCAUUAGCAAGCAGGACCUGGAAACGGCAGAUUUUGAGAUUGUGGUCAUCUUGGAGGGCAUGGUGGAGGCAACGGCCAUGACGGCACAGGCUCGGAGCUCCUACUUGGCCAGCGAAAUCCUCUGGGGGCAUCGCUUUGAGCCGGUGCUGUUUGAGGAAAAGAACCAGUACAAGGUUGAUUACUCUCACUUCCACAAGACCUACGAGGUGCCGUCCACCCCUCGCUGCAGUGCCAAGGACAUGAUGGAAAACAAGUACCUGGUGGUGCCCACCGCUAACUCCUUCUGCUACGAGAACGAGCUGGCGAUCCUGAGCCACGAAGAAGAGGAGGACGACAGUCCAGAACGGAUAAAGCCAGAGCGAGCUAUGAGCCUCAGCCCGGAGAGAACCCCUCGACAUGACUUCGACCGCCUGCAGACCCCACGAUGCACAGAACAAAGAUCAUACCGCAGGGAGUCAGAGAUAUGAACCUUAACUUGACCUUUUUGAUACUCAAAUUUUGUCUUUCGUUCCUGGAGAUGCUGGAGCUUCUAAAAAUGCAGAACAAUGCAAAGUGCCAUACGGAGAGAUUGAGCGUGUGAAUGAGCAAAACAAACGAGUGAAUGUGCAAAGACGUUCAGUGGAGAUGCUGAUUCAAAGAGAAGGGCAGAGGGAGUCAUUUUAUCCUGCACGGAAAACUUGAAUCUUUUCCUCAAUUUGUUUCAUUAGAAUAGUUUAGCUGAUAAACAACUGUUGAUUCUUAAAGGGACACUGCACCCAAAAAU